AUGAAGUUCGAACAGACGUCUCAAUACCUCAGGCAAGGGCAAACUAAAGAGGAGUACCGACAGCUCACCGUGUUUACAUUGCCACUGAGAGCAGGGCGGUCCCAUCUCAAGACCAAAGCCAUGGUCACCAAAAGCAACUGUCACUUACCAGGCCAGGGAGCCCCAGAGACCCCUGGCAGGACCUACGCUCCUGGCAAAGUUGUGGGCACAUCUGGCGCUGGAGAUCCCCCUGGGGAAGCUCUAAAGCCUCCUACCUGUCACAGCUUCAUCUCAUGCCGUGAUGUUGUCUGUCGGACCACUCGUGGACGCCCCCGCAAAGGAGCCCAAGGCAAGAACGUGUCUAAGAAAGAUGUGGGGUGGGAACAUCCGAGUGGGAAAAAUCUUUGGGAUCACAACCCCAGCCCAGCCGCCGUCUCCCCACCGAGGCUGCAGGGUGCCGCUACCGCCACCACCGCCGCGGCUGCAGUAAAUCAGCUGACACCAGCCUCAACUGCCGUGACUUUCGCUGCAACUGUCGCAAAAAUGAGGGGGAGGGAAAUGCUCAACGUUUCCAUACACGCCUGGCCGAGGCUGACACCAUGGAGACGGGACAGAGGUGAAGGGGUCAACUGUGGGCAAGGAGUGCACGGCUACCAUUUUGGUUAUGGGAAGUGUAGUCUAGGCUCUCUUCUCGCCUCGAAUGCUCGUGCUGGGAGGACCAAGAUGGAGGAAAGCAUGAAAUGGGGCCAGACAGAGGAAGAAGAGAAGAACUCUGCUACUCGACUAGAGGAAGUCUGACCUUGUGCAGCAGUCCUGCAGAGGAGAGAAUGAAUGUGCACCCUCUGUGUGGGCGGCAAGAGUGGUGGAGCGUGAGCUCUGCAUUCGGAGAGGCAUGUAUUCGGAUCCCGAUUUCUCCACUGCACACUGUUACUGUCAUCUAGGACAUGUUGCUUCUCUUCAUUGCCCUCAAUUUCCCCAUAUACGAAAUAGGCAUAAUAACCUGGAUAUCUAGGCGAUUAAACGAGCUCAACAAAUGUUAAUUUCGUAUGAUGCUUGCUGCCUAUUUUCUUCCCAAAUAUUUAUUAAAUGAAUGAAUGGAUGGUAGCCGAGGGAAACUGGUACCGUUCUGGUGACCACUGGUCAGUUCUGUUAAAAAGAGAAAAGAUUUUUCAUUCUAUGGCUUUGUUUUUCCUUUAUAAUCUCACUAAUGGAUUUACAGGACAAGUAAGACUUCUAUUGUUGUCCUCAAAUGUAACUGUGUAUUUGAAUCAUCUGGAGAGCUUGUCAAAAUGAAGUUUCUGAUUCAGUAGGUCUGGAGUGGGGUCUGAGAUUCUUCAUUUCUAAUAAGCUUCCAGGUAAUGGCUAUUAAUGCUGGUUCUUGGAACAAACCUUCAGUUAGUAAAAUACCACUGGACAGGCCUGAAUCAGAGAAUUAGGGGAUUAGAACAGGGCAGAAACAACUACUUCAGACAGGAUAAUGUCCUGGCUAAUUUGCCAAAAGAGAAGUGUUGGUUUGGGCAAAAGGCUUCAUUGAAUAUUCAACAAUUUAUUAUUGAAAGUCAACAAUUUCUUAUUCCUGCAAAUGGCAAACUUUUCAAUCCCCUUUUCCCCAGCUUAGACAUGACACACCCGUCAGUGUCCUGGUUGGCAUGCCCCCUUUACUUUCAUUAGGCCAUUUAGCAUCCUUUAGGCCUUCAGGUGUGGUUUCUUAUUUGCUGUUUCUGUUCAUUUGUAGAGGUCAGGUCUGCUUGCCACCAUAAUGAGCAAAACUAAAUAGUAAUGUUGACCACUGAAGUCAAUAGAACACUCGAAAGUUAAUAAUUCUGAAAAUGUCUUAUAUUGCACAUUGAAAUACUAUGAUUUUGUUUUACUUUUGACAAACUUCCUUGCAAUCACAUGAGUU